GCACUAAACCAAAACUCAAAACUAAAACUUACUCCUCUAUAAUUGAUCAAGUUGAGCCUUAUGAUGUCUCAAAUAACAUCCUCAAUAUAAAGUCUUUUAUUACCAUAGCUCAAUGGUUACAAGUUCCUGCUCAAUGUAGAAACUUUGCUAAGAUUAUGCAAAAGAAAAAAGAACCCAUUACUGAAGCAAACCAAGCUAAAAUACAUCAAUCCAAAAAGACUAUAGCAAUGAGAUGUUAUAUCAGAAUCAAAGAAAAUUCUGUCAUUGCUAUUCUUGAUUCAGGAGCAGCUGUAAGCAUUAUCACAGCUAAGCUUAUAAGGAAAUUAGAACUCCACAUUCAAAGACCUUCCAAAACCAUUGUGUUUACUGCCAAUAGAAAUCAUACCAAAGCUUUAGGAAUUAUUCCUGAUAUAAAGAUUAAAAUUCAGGAUAUUAUUAUCCCUAUUAAUCUUCAAGUGAUCGAAUCCAUGGAUGAAACUCUCCUUCUUGAAAUGGAUUAG